AAUGAUUUAAAAUUGAGUGUUGAGGCGUGAGGCGGGCGGGCGGCCGGCCGGCGAUUUCGCGCAGGCGCGCCGCGUGCAGCCUCCGCUCUCACCCUCAUCUUCAGUGCAACCACACUUCCCUACCGCGCGCCCGCGACCUUACUCGCGCGACUCAUAUUACCUAUGCACUGAACUGCAACUUACGUCAUCUUACAGAAACAAUAGACAAUCACUAAUGACAAACAUGGCACCACAAUGCGAGAUAGACACCGCUAAACCUAUCAUAUGUUUUUGUUUUUAUGACCCCGUACUUGUUAAGUGGUGAAUCAUUUCUUGAUCUGGUGAGAGCAUGACGUCGCUUCAACCGACAUGUUUGGGAGGGAUACGCUUGCGGUGCCUAUUCGUGGUGGCCUUGGUGUUCGGCGUCACCUUCACGACGAUGUCGCUCUACCGCGAGCCCGAGUUCAUGUCCCUCGACGGCGAGCUGCUCCGCCCCGCCCACUACUACCAGCUCGACUCAGACAGCCGGUUCACCAUCAAUACCAACGGCUGCACGAUACCUGCGCUGCGCCCGUUCGACGACAACAUCAAGAAAUUUAUUGAACCCCCGAGGCGCUUAAAAAAAUGUCAGCAUAUGCACACUUCCCUCCUAGCUAACAACGCCACGCACAUAUGGAUCAACAAUAAUAACUUACACCACUAUAACUUGUCUAAAGAUUUCAAUAUUUCGUGCUGCUACAAGGCCUUCUACCGACCUAACGCGAUCGCGGACAUCACUUCGUACCACGUGGACGACCGCGUCAAGUACCACGAGUGUAUCGAGUUCUCUGAUGUAAUAGAAGCGCUCGAUGAAUUUGUUAGAGUAUCUUGUUAUGAUAACAUGGGUGAAAAGGAUUCCCUUAUAUUUGAGAAUUUUUUCAUAUUUGCGCCAAAGAAAGUCUUUAUUUCGGAUAAUAUAAACAACGUACAGAUUACGCAAAAUCAGUCAGCAUAUAACGUGAUCAUUUUAGGCAUUGAUUCAGUAUCGAGAUUGAAUUUCUACAGGACAAUGCCAAGGACAUUAGAGUUCCUUAGGAAUAAAAGAGCAAUUGAAUUAUUUGGCUAUAAUAAAAUUGGUGACAAUACUUUUCCAAACCUCGCCGCGAUGCUACUGGGUGUCAAAGACACGGAGUUAAAACGGAUGUGUUGGCCAAGUCCGAGACACACUUUCGACAACUGUCCGUUCGUUUGGGACUGGUACAAGGAGAAUGGGUUCUACACGGCGUUCGGCGAGGACAGCGCCUACCUCGGCACGUUCAACUUCGUACGGCACGGCUUCGCCGCCACGCCCACCGACUACUACCUGCACACCUUCAUACGCGAGGCCGAAAUGCACGUAGGGAAUAUCAAAGAUUUCAAUUCCUACAUAUGCAUGGGGAAUAAGUACGCAUAUAAGGUUUUAUUAGAUUAUGUCGAAAGCCUAACAAGAACUCUGCGGUCUUCUAAGUUAUUUGGAUUUUUUUGGGAAGUGACUAUGAGCCACGAUUUUUUAAACAACCCGAAGUCUAUGGAUAUUGAUUACGCAAACUUUUUAAAGAAGCUUGACGAAUCUAAAUAUUUAGAUGAUACUGUUAUUAUCAUGUUAAGUGACCAUGGUAUAAGAUGGGGUAAUUUCAGGUUAACGAAACAAGGUCGGCUGGAGGAACGUUUGCCGUUCGUGCAUAUCCUACUGCCUCCGUCGUUUCAAAGGCAUUAUAGUUUGGCAUAUAAUAAUAUAAAACUUAAUAGUAAGCAUCUGACAACACCAUUUGAUAUGUUUGCAACGAUAUCGGACUUAGCAAACCUACAGUCUAUUAGAAAUGAGAAAAUUUCGGCUAGAAAUAAACAGAAUUAUGCUGAUAACCGAAGUAUAAGCCUAUUCCUGCCUAUACCAAGAAAUCGGACGUGCAAGACGGCCGGAAUAGAUGACCACUGGUGUACGUGUCACAAAGACCGGUCGCUGUCUCUAGAAAGCGAUGAAGCGAAGGAAGCUGCACAGUUUGUAGUGACGCAUAUGAACGAGUUGCUAAUUGGACAUCCAGAAUGCGCGCGUCUGUCGCUGGCUAAAAUAGUGGACGUGCGAGAGAUGGAGGCGGGCACGCCGGCGAUGGACGAGGAGGGGUGGCGGGAGCUGUUGGUGCUGGUGCGGGCGGCGCCCGGCGGCGGCGUGUUCGAGGCCACGCUCCGGCGCGGCGUGCGCGGCCCCGGCGGCGCCGACACCACCCCCGAGUCCGCCGCCGCCGACUGGGCGCUCGCCGGCUCCGUGAGCAGACUCAACCUCUACGGCGACCAGAGCCGCUGCGUUAACAGUUACAUCCUAAAACUAUAUUGUUUUUGCUUGACUGAAACUGUUACGUCUUAGCAGACAAUGUAAGUGCUGUGAUAUUAUUUAGUAGAAUGCUACAUGUUCAUUCCAUACAACAUUAGAAAAAUGUUGUAUCCUAUAGAUAACAUAGGAAAUGAAAUAUGGCACCUAGGUACCUACAUAC